AUGAAUGUCAAUAUAGAUAGCAUUGCAGGUAAUUUUGAUACUGUAAAGGAUUGGGUAAUCUCUUGGUUUACAAGUACUGGCAAUGAUGCUUCUGUUUUAUGUUUAGAGGAUUCUCAAUUUGUGACUAGAAUCAUGUGUACCAUGUGGUACAUAUGGAAAGAUAGGUGUUCUCUUGUGUUUCAGGGUAUUAAACCUAAUGUGCAGACUUCUAGUACUAGAGUUUCUAAUCUUAUACAACAAUGUAUUAACUACUUUGAUACUAAUACUAGAGGCAGUAAUAACUUGCAGGUUCAGGUUUGGGUUCCACCUAAAAAUAACUUCAUCAAAAUAAACAUUGAUGGUUCAUAUAUCCCAUCAAUUAAAAAGGGCUCAGUUGGUAUAAUAAUUCGUAAUUUUUCAGGUCACUGCUUAAGAGCCAUUGGUUAUAGAUUUGAAGAGGAGGUAGAUGAAGAAUAUGGAGUUGAAUAUUUUGAGUGUAAAUCUUUGGAAUUGGCAGUAAAUUGGAUGGAGGAUUUGCAGAUUGGUAGAGUUAUUUUCGAGAUGGAUUGUGAUAAUGUGAUUCGUUAUGUAAUGGAACAACAGUCACAGGUUCAUUGGUUCAACUCAAGUAUUAUUGAGAGAGUUGAGGCUAAAAGUAAUAGUAGUAGUAAACUAUGGUUUUUUAAGUCUAUUCAUAGAUUGGGCAAUAAUGUAUCUCACUCUUUAGCUCGUAAAGCAAGAGAUGAGGAUCAAGAUUUCUGUUUUACGUCAAGCUUUCCUGAUUCCAUUAUCAAUUUGUUGAACAAUGAUCUUAGCAACAUUGCAGUCUAA